CCGGAAGUAACGUGGAACGCACAGGCCGGAUGUGGCUGCGCUAGACCGGAAGUGCUGACCCCUCCCAAGCAGGAAGUGGUGUGCAGCCUCCUCCCGGUUAGUGGCAGUAGGAGGUAAUGUCCUGUGUUAUCGGCGAUGAUCACGUGUGCGGCUUCUUCUCUCACCCAUACGGUUGUGUCUAUGUUACCUUCGUGCUAAGGACCUGGACGUGACAAAACGAGAGGGCAGGAGAGAACUUCCGCCCUUACAGCACCUAAAUGUUUUCUUCGUUCUCCGUUCCAGGUUCCUAUAAGGUGUGAGAACGUCACUGUCUAUUUCUCCAUGGAGGAGUGGGAGUAUAUAGAGGAACACAGGGGUCUGUACAAGGACGUGAUGAUGGAAAAUCACCGGCCCCUCACAUCACUGGAUGGGGCCAGUAACAGGAAUACCCCAGAGAGAUGUCCCCGUCGUCUGUAUUCCCCGGAUUGUACAGAGGAGAAUCACAGUGUCCCACAGGAGCAUCAGAGUGCAAAUCUGACUAAUAUUAAGGUAGAAGAUAUAAAAGAGGAAGAGGAGACGUAUGUGAUGAUAGAGCAGCAGUGUAAGGAGGAAGAAGAAGAGACGAAUGUGAUGAUAGAUCAGCAGUGUAAGGAGGAAGAAGAAGAGACGUAUGUGAUGAUAGAUCAGCAGUGUAAGGAGGAGGAAAUCCCUGCAGAUAUCAGCACAGAUGGAGCCAGUAACAGGAAUAUUCCAGAGAGAUGUCCCCGUCCUCUUUAUUCCCAGGAUCACAGAGUGGAGGGUCAGGAUGAAGCCUUUAAUACUAUUAUUAAAGUAGAAGUUAUAAAAGAGGAAGAUGAGACAUAUGUGAAGGGUGAUCAGCUGUGUAGUGAGGAGGAAAUCCCUACAGAUAUCGGCACAGCAGAUGGAUGCAGAAGCAGGAAUACCUCGGGGGGUCGUCUCCUUUUGUCUUCAGAUUAUAAAAUAGAAGAUAACAUCGUACAAGAUUCUCCAGGAGAAACCCCUAUUACACUAAAUGUACAUCCAGUAUUGGACAAGGAAGAUACGUCAUCUGAUCCCUCUAAUCAUAAAGAGUGUUCUGCUGAUACAUUAGAUGAUAUUACACAUAGAACAAGCCCUACAGGUGCUAAAAUGUUCCCCUGUUCUGAGUGUGGGAGAUGUUUCUUAAAACAUUCAGUCUUUGUUAGACAUCAGAGAACUCACACAGGUGAGAAACCAUUUUCAUGUUCUGAGUGUGAGAAAUGUUUCUCACAGGCAUCACAUCUUACUGAACAUCUUAGAGUUCACACAGGUGAGAAACCGUUCUGUUGUUUUGACUGUGGGAAAUGUUUCACACGGAAAUCAAAGCUGAUUGCACAUCAGGGAACUCACACAGGUGAGAAACCGUUCUCUUGUUCUGAGUGUGGGAAAUGUUUUACCCUGAAAUCACAGCUUGCUACACAUCAGAGUAGUCACACAGGUGAAAAACCAUUUCCAUGUUCUGAGUGUGGGAAAUGUUUCUCACAAAAAUCACAGCUUGUUGUACAUCUUAGAGUUCACACAGGUGAGAAACCGUUCUCUUGUUCCGAGUGUGGGAAAUGUUUUACACAGAAAUCAAAGCAGGUUGCACAUCAGAGAAUUCACACAGGUGAGAAACCGUUCUCUUGUUCUGAGUGUGGGAAAUGUUUCAGACGGAAAUCAAAGCUAACAAUACAUCAGAGAACUCACACAGGUGAGAAACCAUUCUCUUGUUCUGAGUGUGGGAAAUGUUUCUCACGAAAAUCAAAGCUGAUUCCACAUCGGAGAACUCACACAGGUGAGAAACCAUUUUCGUGUACUGAAUGUGGGAAAUGUUUCGUACAAAAAUCAGACGUUCUUAUACACCAGAGAAGUCACACAGGUGAGAAACCAUUUUUAUGCUCUGAGUGUGGGAAAUGUUUUACAACACACUCAAAUCUUUUCAAACAUCUGAGAAAUCACAGAGGUGAUAAGCCAUUUCUCUGUUCUGAGUGUGGGAGAUGUUUUGCCUGCAAAUCAACUCUUGACAGACAUCAGAGAACUCACACAGGUGAGAAGCCGUUUCCGUGCUCUGACUGUGUGAAACAUUUUGCUUGUAAAUCAACUCUUGUCUCCCAUCAGAGAAUUCAUACGGGUGAGAAGCCGUUUCCAUGUUCUGUGUGUGGGAAAUGUUUUACGCAAAAAACAACCCUUGUUGUGCAUCAGAGAACUCACACGGGUGGGAAAAAGACAUUAUUACGUUGAUAUUAUUAAUGUAAAGAAUAAAAAAAUGUGAAAACAUA